AUGUAUAUUUUAGUCAAAGAAACAAUAAGAAGGCUAAAGCAAUGUGCAGCCGCUCUUCAUAUGGAGGACAAGCAACAAAUGAAAAUUGAAUUUACUGAGAACAUGCCAUUUUACCCUUACUUUGACGUAAUUGACUCACACUUCAAAAACAGAUUGGGACUCCAAAUUUAUUAUCAACAAUUAGACAAACUGGCAGCUCAGUUUAGAGCUUUACAAAAGAGAUUAUUGGUACGAUACAAAGACAAGAAUCCAACAUCCAUCAACAGCUUGGACAUUCUUUUUGAUAAGACCUACCAAGAAAUUUUAGGGAUCACAAAAAAAAUUGAGAAAACUCAACAAUCCUUAAAAGAAGCUUCUCAUGACCUUACUUGCUCGACAUUACUGAUGCAUAUUCUUGUUAAACUCAGAUAUUCAUUGGAUGACAAAGAGAUGGAAGUUUUGGAGAACCAUUGGCCCUCUUUUGUUAACGACGAAUCCCCUGGAUGGGAGGAAACACUUGAUUUUGGAUUAACACAAUUAUUGAAUACUGUGCUUACCAAAAAUCCAAAGGAAAAAACCUUCAGACUGAACUUGAGAUGCCUGCUGACAGCAGCCGCCUGA